UCGGAGGCGGGCUUGAGAGCAGCGGCAGGGGAGGCGCGCAGGAGCCUCGGCGGCGGCGGCGGCGGCAGCCGAACCGACAGAGUCGGACCCGACACUAAAACCCAAUAAUUUUCCACUUGUUCAUCAAGAUGGAAAGCUCAGAUUCUAACGAUAAAGGAAGUGGUGAUCAGUCUGCAGCACAGCGCAGAAGUCAGAUGGACCGAUUGGAUCGGGAAGAAGCUUUCUAUCAAUUUGUAAAUAACCUGAGUGAAGAAGAUUAUAGACUUAUGAGGGAUAACAAUUUGCUAGGCACCCCAGGUGAAAGUACUGAGGAAGAGUUGCUGAGAAGACUACAACAAAUUAAAGAGGGCCCACCACCACAAAACUCGGAUGAAAACAGAGGUGGAGACUCUUCAGAUGAUGUGUCUAAUGGUGACUCUAUAAUAGACUGGCUUAACUCUGUCAGACAAACUGGAAAUACAACAAGAAGUGGGCAAAGAGGAAACCAAUCUUGGAGAGCAGUGAGCCGGACUAAUCCAAACAGUGGUGAUUUCAGAUUCAGUUUAGAGAUCAAUGUUAACCGUAAUAAUGGGAGCCAAAAUCCAGAGAAUGAAAAUGAGCCAUCUGCAAGACGUUCUGGUGGAGAAAAUACAGACAACAGCAGCCAAAGACAAGUGGAAAAUCCACGAUCUGAAUCAACAUCUGCAAGGCCAUCCAGAUCAGAACGAAAUUCAACUGAAGCAUUAACGGGAGAAGUCGCACCUACCAGAGGUCAGAGAAGGGCAAGAAGCAGGAGCCCAGACCAUCGGAGAACCCGAGCGAGAGCUGAAAGAAGUAGGUCACCUCUGCAUCCAAUGAGUGAAAUUCCACGAAGAUCUCAUCAUAGUAUCUCAUCUCAGACUUUCGAGCAUCCUUUAGUAAAUGAGACCGAGGGAAGUUCUAGAACCCGGCACCAUGUGACAUUGAGACAGCAAAUAAGUGGACCCGAUUUGCUGAGUAGAGGUCUUUUUGCAGCUUCUGGAACAAGAAAUGCCUCACAAGGAGCAGGUUCUUCAGACACAACCAGCAGUGGUGAAUCUACAGGAUCAGGACAGAGACCUCCGACCAUAGUCCUUGAUCUUCAAGUAAGAAGAGUUCGUCCUGGAGAAUACCGGCAGAGAGAUAGCAUAGCUAGCAGAACUCGGUCAAGGUCUCAGACGCCAAACAAUACUGUCACUUAUGAAAGUGAACGAGGAGGUUUUAGGCGUACAUUUUCACGUUCCGAACGGGCAGGUGUGAGAACCUAUGUCAGUACCAUCAGAAUUCCGAUUCGUAGAAUCUUAAAUACCGGUUUAAGUGAGACUACAUCUGUUGCAAUUCAGACCAUGUUAAGGCAGAUAAUGACAGGUUUUGGUGAGUUAAGCUACUUUAUGUACAGUGAUAGUGAUUCUGAGCCUAGUGGCUCAGUCUCGAGUCGAAAUGUGGAAAGGGCAGAGUCACGGAAUGGAAGAGGGGGUUCUGGUGGUGGUAGCAGUUCUGGUUCCAGUUCGAGUUCCAGUUCGAGUUCCAGUUCAAGUUCCAGUUCUAGUUCCAGUUCCAGUCCUAGUUCCAGUUCCAGUGGUGAAAGUUCAGAGACUAGCUCAGAGGUGUUUGAAGGCAGUAAUGAAGGAAGCUCAUCAUCAGGCUCAUCAGGUGCCAGACGAGAGGGUCGACACAGGGCCCCGGUAACCUUUGAUGAAAGUGGCUCUUUGCCCUUCCUUAGUCUGGCUCAGUUUUUCCUCUUAAAUGAGGAUGAUGAUGACCAACCUAGAGGACUCACCAAAGAACAGAUUGACAACUUGGCCAUGAGAAGUUUUGGUGAAAACGAUGCAUUAAAAACCUGUAGUGUUUGCAUUACAGAAUAUACAGAAGGCAACAAACUUCGUAAACUACCUUGUUCCCAUGAGUACCAUGUCCACUGCAUCGAUCGCUGGCUAUCUGAGAAUUCUACUUGUCCUAUUUGUCGCAGAGCAGUCUUAGCUUCUGGUAACAGAGAAAGCGUUGUGUAAUUAAGUUCUGAACUCUCAGCUAUGUAGCUGGUAUAGUGAUGGGCAAACAGGAAUCACUUGCUUUAUGCCCACUUUUUGAGUGGUGCUUAAAUGUAAAGUAGCAACCUGAAUUGAGUCAUUGCUUUCUAAGUGAAUCAUUGUCCUUUGUCCAAUUUCUGUUCCAGAAUAAAAGGAAAUAUUUAAAAAGCAAUGUUUUAGGACAUAAAAAUCUGAUUUCAGUGCCAGUAAUUGAUAUUACUGAUGAUUUGUCAUAUAUGCUUAUCAGUUUCUCCUUUGUUAUCUUAAAAGAUUUGCCUUAGCAAUGGCUCUUUAUCCGUUUCACGUUGAUCUUUAACGUUUCCCACGCCAUAGGAGAGAAGGGCAAAGGAAAUUCCCAGUUUAGACUAAGUUACAGUACAUGUUUCAUAAGUGAUUGCUUAAAGCUCUACCAUUCCCAGUUCUUAGUUGGCACAAAUUCAGCUACAUGCUGAAUAUCAUUUGUUCACCUUUCAGAUGAGGUGAUAUUGGACGUCAGUGUAAAUAACACUAAGGUUAGGAUCUUCUAAGUGUAUAACUGUCUCCUAAGCCCAUCACUGUGGCACACUGUAGAGUGAGCUUAUAGUUUAAUUGAGAUAUUUAUCUUGUGGAAAUAUUAAAAAAGCCUAUGCUUGUGUAAGUGAAAAAAAUCACAUUCAUUUGUUUAAAAAUGUAAAGCUAUUUUGUAGAGGCUCAGUACUUUUCCAAUGCACUGUUGUAUUAAUGCAUUAAAAAUUGUAAAGUACCAUGCUUAGAAAUGGAAAAAAACUGCUUUUUGUGAGCCAACAUAGUAAAAAAAAACACACCAAACAAAGUACAAAGCUGCUUUUGUAAGUGUGUAGAUGUCAAGAGCAGAACAUAUCUAGUAUUUAAUGUAUGUGAACAGCUACUGUGACAUGCAAAGGAAAGGACAGAGUGCAGAAUUGAACUGCAUUGAAGAUACCAAUGGAAACUUGGUACUUUAACUUGGAUUUAGGCAGGAAAUGAAAGACGGGAGGAGUAAAGAAAACUGCUCUGAAGAAUUUAAAAUUUUUAUGAAGACAGUAAUCAUACAGAUGGGAACUGGUUUCAUAUGGUGAGGUCCUUGACACAGUAUUCUGCUUGAGCUGAUGAAGUAGAUUAACAAAUUUGGUAGAGUUUUGGUUAAAAACAAACAAACCACUACCACGUAGCACAAGUUACAUCGAUGUUUUCACAAGUCUGCUCCUCAGAAAAGGAAAAAAAGAAGGUGGAGGAAAGAGACUAUAAACCACUUUUAGCAUAAGAAUUGAAGUUGGUACAGAUGUGUGUACUAAUAGGAAAGUCUCAAAUUUGCGUUAUUUUCUAGAUUUGUCAUUUAAGGUACCAGUGCACACUUGUUAAUAUUUCAUUACCAUCUAACACAGACCUAACAUCGCGCAUUUAAAGGCCAAUUGAGGAACUAAGGGAUGUUUAUCCUUUGUUGAAAGUGAAUUGUGUUGGGUCAUUUGAGAUUGAAAUUUUAAUGGUGCUGCCCAUAUUUGAAGAUGAGGCUGCUGACUCACAAUCUAUGGGACACGCAUUUUGUGUUGUUUCCUUAGUAAUGAGAUUAGGUUUGUGAAGAACCCCAGUACUCUUGCCGAAUUUCUCUUUUGAGGCCAGUUGGGGUUAGGAUUAGUCUGACUGUGGAGGACUUGUUUGUUUAUCUGGGAGAAGAUAGUGUGCCCAAAGAGGAAUUGAACACAUCCUUGGUCUUUAAAGUGAAAACUACCCAUGCAUAGUCAGAUACUCUACAAAAUAAACAGGUCUGCUUCAGGAAUUAUCUGGCUACCUUAACUGUUAUCAGCUUAGCUUACGUAAAGGUUAUUUCAAAGCUCAUCCUUUCAUAUUUUCCUCUGGCUUUCACUCCUACCUAAGUAUCAAGGAAAUUAACUUGUAAAUAUGGUAGUUGUUUACUAAGGAUAUGUACUGCUCUUGCAAGGAAAUAAUGUCCAAACAAAGCUUCACUUAUUUUUUUUAAUAUAAGCAGAUUUCACUGUUUAUGGCGCUUAUGUAAUACAUUUUAUCUUUUUAAAAAAAAAAUUGUCCAUGUAAAAGUCAGGAUUCCUUUAUAUUUGUGAGCCUCCUUGUCUCCUUUCCUAAGGGUGUAAUCUACGAUUUUCAGAUCUGCAGGGUAGUCCUGAUUGGCUUAAAACCCAUUUUCCUCUUGGUAUAAAACGUCGCAUUAUAAGGGUGUUCAUUUUAAAUAGUUUAAAAACGACUGCAGCACAUUCUGAGCAUAAAACAAAGUUAUUGACAACAGGUACCUCCCUAACCUCCCAAGAUGUAUUACUCAUUUGUGAAGUAUUAAAGUAAGAGGUAACUCAUGCCGAAUGCUGGUUAUGAAUGUAGAUAUUGAAGCUAUUCAUAAACACUGGAAAUAGAAUUUUAAGUUUUUAGCCUUCAGUAGAAUGCACAUAUUGGACAUGUGCAUGUGGACACCUUUUUCAAUAGCACUCAUUUCCAUUGGAUUGUGUAGAAUGGAUACAAAUAUUUUAGUGGAAUU